AUGAGUCGUCUCCCUCCUAUCGAAAAGUUCUCACUCGCAGUCCGCAAGAACAUCCGCGAUGAGUGGGAAAAUAGAAAGUCGGAAUAUGAACAGAGACUCUCCGACAUGCUCGGUGAGCCGUGGAAGAUCGACAUCGACCUCCGCCAAGUCUGCGCAUAUGCCCAGGACGGCUAUGCCGCGGUGUCACCUGGCUCAAUGACUUCUGGAUACAUUGAUGGCGUGUUGUACCAGCUUGAUCGCUUCAUCAGCAAACAUGGAGCAGAGGGCGUCUCAGAGCUUAACACGAUCGCCUCGGCCAGAACUAUCACCAUGGACCUAGACGAAGACAAGAAAUUCACCUAUUGCGGUUGCAAAAUCUCUCCUGCCGGACAGCUCGUCAUCCUCUUUCGAGAGGGCUGCCUGGGCACCAACAUCGACUACGCAUGCUCCCUCGAGAACCUUGAAGCCGCCCUCAACGAAGCGCCCAGCACCGCCGGCGGCCGGCCCAUGAGUUUCGCUGCCCGCGCGGCCGUAAGGCUUGACUGGGACGGCGAGGCACAAGCCAUCGAGAGAAAACUCAAGGAGAUUCUGAAGAAGGAUAUCGCGGUGGUGCCGCAGUUUGAGCAGGUCUUUGACAAGCUGAGCACCGCAAAAGACGCGCCGGAAUGCUGGCGGCAGAACCUGGGCUCGUUUCUCAGGAUGUAUUUCGAGGGCUUAGUACGCUACCUCGAGUACCAAAAAUUUGGCGAGGACGACAUGCUGUACGAGGCGUUCAAUGAGGCCGUCGACAGGUCGACUGUCGCCUUUCGCAUCGUUGACAAGGGCCAGCUGAAGCACUCUACCUACAACGAGUGUGUCAUAGAAGACGGCACUCUGAUUCUCCAGACGAUCCCAGAGUAUUUCGGCACCAACAUUGACGAAGCGGCCAGGAACCUGAUUGACUUGCUUUAA